UCCCGCGUGGAAGGUUUGCUGCAAAACUAAAGGAUGAGUUCGGAGGCUGUCGCUGUUGAGAAAACUCGCAGGCUCUCUCACUGCCCCCACUGGUCCUACUGCUUGCCUGUAGGAAUCAUCGUCUCUGUUUCUCUUGCAAUCCCUUUGGUUCUUCUACCAUAUUUCCUCCGUGAUGAGUACUCUCUGACGGUCUUUCCAGGAUUAGCACUGAGCAUGAGUGUGUGACUUACUAAAGCCUCAUGGCAAAA